CUGUCCAACUCUACCUGGUGACUGGUUCAUCCUCCUACGUUCUUAUUUGUCACACUUUUAAUACAGUUCUACACUACAAGGCUGUGGCACCCAGAGUACAGAGGUCUCCUGGCUGACUGAACAAGGAACAAGGGACAUUAAGAUGGAGAAAUAUCCUUUCUUCGUGCUUCUGUUUUGUGCUACAUUUACGGGCCCUGUUCUUGGAUAUCCAUUUGGUGAUGUUUCAAUAGCUUGUGAUUCCAUGUUACCAGACCAUGGAGCUGAACCACGGAAGUCUUCCCCACCUUUUGUUAUCUCUGUAUCUUUUGAUAGAUAUGAUCCAGGAAAUGAAAUACAAGUGAUUCUAGAAGGAACAUCGCAAUCUGGAUUUAAAGGAUUUAUGUUACAAGCCCGAGAAGUUGACGGAAAUAUUCCUGUUGGUACAUUUCGCAUCGUAGAUCGAAACACACAAGGCCUUACAUGCUUCAAUACUUCAAAUUCAGCAGUAAGUCACACAAGUCCUAAUGUAAAGCACAGAGUUAGCACUAUGUGGGUUGCUCCUCGUAAUACAAGAAAGAUACGACUAAUGGGAACUUUUGUUCAAGAUUAUGAUACCUACUGGGUUGGUGUUCAUAGUAAAACCCUCUCACCCAGAGAUUCAAAAGAAACUAAUGAUACCAAAACUGUCAAUGGUUCCAUGACAGUUAAUACCUCAGGGGUAGCCAAUGAUUCUAUAACAUCCAUUGUUUCUGAGAACACCACUGAUUCAGACACAUAUGAUGAUGGAAAUUUUGAUUUCAACUCCUUAAUUGGGCCUGAGAUAGACUAUGAGACAUUUGAGACAACUGAUGACUCCAAUAGAGAAAAUGAGACACUUGAGAAAAUUGAAGACCCCAAGAGAAAUUCUACAAGAAAAGGCAGGAGGAAGUCCAUUGUGAAUGUGCAGAUAAAGUGUGGAGAGGGUGGAUCAGGCAGUAGUUCCUGUGGCCAGGGUUCGAAAGGAUAUUCUCAGAUUGGUGGCAGCCAGUCCAAGGUUGUUGUAGUUAAACAAGGGAGCAGCACUAGCUGUGUUGGAGGUGGAGUUGCUGAUGUUUACAACAAACAUGCUUGCAGAGAUAGUGCAGCUGACAUUAGUGGUCAGUCUUCAUAUGGUCAGUCGGUGUCUGUAGAGAAAGGUCCCAAGGUGGUGUCCUACCCAGAGACUCAACCUUUCCCACCUGAGCGUGAAACUUACUCUUCGAAAUAUGGCCAUUCUCAAGUCAUCCAGUCCCAGGGUGGACAAAUUUCAUCAAGUGGUAGCUCCGUAUAUGGAAAGGGUUCAUCUCCCCAGACUGGCUCAUCAAAAGACAUCCGCAUUACCAUUGAGACUGGGCAAAGAGGUCGGGUGUGUGAUAAGAGUUCAUCCUCCUAUAACAGCCAAGCUUGCAUCAAGGUCCAGACUGUUAGCUCACAGGGCGGCAGCAGCAGUUAUGGCACACAGGGCCAGUACUCAGGUUCACAGAGCAGCAGCAGCAGCAGCUAUGGCACACAGCAGAGUGGAUCUUAUUCAAGUGGUCGCAAACCUUGUGGCCAGGGAACUACAUAUGACAAUCCCUGCGAUCAGGGCCAGUCAUCACAAAGUACAUACAAUCAGGGUCAAUCAUCAUCUUCACAAAGCACAUACAACCAGGCUGGUUCCCAAUUUCAAGGCAACAGUAAUCCUUGUAACCCGGGCAAAGGCACUUCAUACAGCAACAACAGGUGUUAGCUGCAAUGAGUAUGGAAAUGGAAAAUGUACCUGAAGCUCAACAAGGGAAUGUAUGGUGUGAGAGAGAGAUUUCAGCACAGGAGGAGGACUGGAACCCUAUCCUCAGAUGGACAAAUGCAUAGGAAAACACCCCUCUACGUGUGUUGCCACAUGAGGCUACUGGAAAUAAACCUUCACAUUUUUAAAAAUAAAACUCCAGAAUAAAAAAACUUUAUUCUA